AUGUCUCGUCCAGAAGACUUGGCCCCACCAGAAGUAUUUUACAAUGACUCCGAGUCUCAGAAGUACACUUCGUCCACCAGAGUUCAGCACAUCCAGGCCAAGAUGUCGCUGCGUGCGCUGGAGCUCCUAAACUUGUCGCAUAUGUCUUUUGUUCUAGAUAUUGGAUGCGGUUCCGGCCUCAGUGGAGAGAUUCUGACCGAAGAAGGCCACGUUUGGUGCGGCGUCGAUAUCUCACCCUCGAUGCUGGCCACAGGGCUCACACGCGAGCUGGAAGGAGAUCUUAUGCUACAUGACAUGGGCCAAGGCCUGCCGUUCCGCGCCGGAACAUUCGACGCGGCUAUCAGUAUCUCUGCGAUCCAAUGGUUGUGUAACGCAGACACAUCUUACAACGACCCCAAACAGCGACUGAUGCGGUUCUUCAAUACGCUGUUUGCCUGCCUCAAAAAGGGAGGCAAGUUUGUUGCGCAGUUCUACCCCAAGAACGACGACCAGACUGAACAAAUACUAGGCGCAGCCAAAGUGGCGGGCUUUAGUGGCGGUCUAGUGGUCGACGACCCAGAGUCCAAAAAGAACAAGAAAUACUAUCUUGUAUUGAGCGCGGGGGCGUCGCAAGAAGAAGAGCAAGUGAACUUGCAAGGCGUCACCAUGAAUGCCGAAGAGCUCGCAAAAACAAAGCGCGAUCGUCGGAAGGAGGUUGAAUCCAAUAAGGUGUAUAUCAACCGUAAGAAAGAGCUGAUGCGUAAAAGGGGUAGAAAGGUUGCUAAAGACUCUAAAUUCACAGGUAGGAAGAGAAGACCUCGGUUUUAG